AGGAAAAUGUUCAAUACUUGAUCAAGGAGCUACGAAGGCCGAAAUACAGCGUCUAUUUUAUUUGUGAGUGUCUGUUUCAUCGAGCAUUCCGAUCUCCCUGUGUAUCUCUGCUUUUAAGAUAAUAUUCAACAACUUGUAAUUAAAGGGGACACUAUAGUCACCAGAACAACUACAGCUUACUGCAUUUGUUCUGUUGAGUAGAAUCAUCCCUGUAACGGACCGUUUUGCACACAAGAGGUUAAAAACCGUUUAGGCGAUAUUCCCCUUUCCAAUGCACAGGCAGCUACUGCAAGCACCAAUCUCCCGAACUGCAAACUACACGAAUCCUCUAACUCCCUAACAGGAAACACACGAACACUGGAAACAGCUGAACAGGAAAAGCAUACAAUCAGCUUACACUCCUGGCAAUCCGCAUACAAUCCAAUUCCCCCAAUAACGAGACCACACUUCGUUUUGAGGUCAAGCAGAACUGACUGUACUGGCACAUACAGCCUCUUUUAUUCUCAAUCCACAAACAUAGUACAGCCCACAGGGUUUUACAGAACAACCAAUCAAUCCGUACAAUACACACAGACACUCACACACAAAAUCCUCCCCUCUGCCUGGCAGAGAAAUACAGUUUUAUAAAACAUAUCACAGGGACCCCAAAACAUGCAAUAACCCCAUAAAACCGGGGGAUCUGGGUGAACCACAUAUCCAAAAUUCACCCAGAUCCGUUCUGUAGUUUGGAAGAUACAGUUUAAUGCAGAUUCCGCAGCACAAAUACAGGCUACAUGAAAAAUAAUUACUGUAUAAUGUGUCCCCUGUUGUAUAGUUUAAAACUACUGAACAAUGUCUUCAUGCACCAAAUACCGGCGAGAUGGCACCGUGUAGAAAAGUCCAAACAGUGUCUGUGAGUUAAAAUGGCCGCCAUCCAUUGUUCUCACCAUGUGCUCCAUCCAUUGUUCUCACCAUGUGCCUCUGAUACAUGAAAUGGUGGCCACCCAGUAACUCCACAGUAUGUCCCCAGAUGGUUCUUAAAGGGCCAGCAGCAGCAUAAUAAAAUACAAUAUGCCGAAAUCUGUUGUUUCAAGGGCCAAACCUCCCAGUGACCAUAAUCACAUGGCAAGAGGCUGGCAAGCAGUCCUCUCCAGGCACAACUGGCGGGGCUGUUUCCGCCACAAUCCCCUUCAGGCUUUUUACUGUAAACACUGUCUUUUCAGCCUAAGGAUGCCUCCACUGGCCACUCCUCAGAUGGCUUCUAGAGAUGCUUCCUGGGGCAGUGAUGCACAGUGUGACUGACAUUCAGUAUCUCCACCCUCUGCAUGCAGACACUGAACUUUCCCCAUAGAGAUGCAUUGAUUCACUGUAGCUCUAUGAGAAGAUUCUGAUUGGCCAGGGCUGUGUUUGGCUUGUGCUGGCUCUAAUCCUGAUCCUUGACAGUCUCAGCCAAUCCUAUGGGGAAGCAUUGUGACUGGCUCAGACCACCACUUCUGAUUAUGUCAGCAGACAGGUCAGAGACAGACAUGGGCAGAGCCAGCAGCCGCAGACUUGAAUACAAGUAAAUUUUUUAAACUAUAUUUAGGGGCUAGAUGGUGGUUUUAACACUAUAGGAUCAGAAAUACAUGUUUGUGUUUCUGACCCUAUAGUGUUCCUUUAAUUGUGAUGUACUUAGACCAGGAGAUCCCAAUUAAUUUUUCCCAUGGAACCCUUUGACAUAAUGCGCUAACAACGUGGAACCCCCCUCCCCCCAAAUUUUUGGCGCAGAUGGUAAACAGAUAGUAGUACUUAGGAGCAGGUGUGCUUUUGUGUGAGCAGUUGGUGUUUGUAUGUAAUGUUAGCUUUUUGAUACAGGGGUGUGUUUGUAUGUAAUGUUUGCAUUUGCGUGCAGGGUGUGUAGUAUUAGUGUUUGAAUGAAGGGUCUGUUUGAGUGUUUGUAUAUAAAUUUGAUAUAUGAAUCCAGGGGUUUUUGUAUGUAAUGUUUGUGUUUGCAGGAGUGUGUUUGUAUGUUGUUUUGAUGUUUGAUUGCUAGGAUGUAUGCACAUAUACUCCCACGUACAUACAUACACAAAAAGUUAAAACAGACACAUACACACACUGACAUAUACACCCAGACACAGAUACACACAUAUACAGAUUGGCACAUGAAAACACACUGAUACACACUGGCACAUAUACACACACACUGGCAUACACACACAAAAUCUGACAAACAUCAGAGCCACCUUCCUGUUAACUAACCUUGUGGUCCUGGUGAUGUUGGCUGAGGCUGAUUGGAGUGAGCUGCUGCAUGCUUACUCCAGCCUCUCCUCAGCCAUGAAUGCUGCUUCCUUCUCUGGGCUGCCGUCUCCAGCCUCCUUCUCCCUCCUUACUGUGCGGCAGAAACUCUAUAAAGCUGGGAGGAAGUGGUGUCCCUUCCUUCCAACCGGCCGAUACUACAGUGGUAGUAAAGUGCUGCAGCACCUGACCAGGCCCCUGUUGAGCGAUCAAAUCGCAGCGGCCAUUUGUUUGGCGAAAUUACGGCGGAACCCCAAUUGGGAAACACUGCCUAGACUAUACCUGAAUAGAAUUUUUUUUUUUUUUUUUUUUUUCUUCAGAUCUGCUAUUUUGGCCUAGAUUUUACAAUUCAGAUUAAAGUUCACACCAAUUUUGUUAUUUAUUGAGUAAAUCCGUAACCAUCGGCAAUCUAUUCUUUAGUAUAAAUGUUCUAUUUGUGACACGGCUUUCUGUGGGAUGUUACAUGCUUGAAGGUAAAACCUAUCUGAAGAAAGUAAAAAUACAUUUUCUAUUUACACUCUUUUCACCAUUCUUUAUGAUGUUUUUAUAUAUUUUGUGUAUCUGUGUCUUUAAGUAAAGGAAAUGUAUGUGUCCAUUGCGAGUCCAAUGGUUUAGCAAAGUGUCAUUCAGUUUUCUUAGAUUUGUCCCUCUAAAUUGAUCAUGGUCUCGCUUGGGCUGAUUUUAGAUCAUUAUAAUGCAGUUUCUAUUUAUAAGUCAAUAAUAAUUCCGUUAAAACUGGCAUGAAUAACAGACUCUCUUUCUAGUAAGUAUCUCAAACUCCGCCCUCCCAGAUAUUUCUGAUGUCCAACUCCCAUAAUUCUCUGCUCAUCUAUUGCAUUCAAAGAAUGUUGGGAGUUGUAGACCAUCAAUACCUGGAGAUCCCGAGUGUGAGAUUCCUGCUCUAUAGCAUGAUUGGUUUUAUUUCACCUGGUUAUGAUCUUUAAAGGGUUACUUUCUUCAAAUAAAUGUAUUCUGUAACCAAUGCUGUCACGGUUUGACUUUCAGACUUUAGCAAUGUCAUCAGUAAGAGCGACAUCAAGUCCCUGGCGGAGGCUGACGAGCAGGAAGUAGUGGCAGAAGUGCAGGUAACAUCUUAUGCACUGUCCACUAAAGUUGUGGUGGUUGCACUAAGCAAGCUGGGUGUUAAAGGGGCACUGUCUCAUUCAGGCAUUUUAAAAAGUUAUCUACAGGUUUGUAAAUAGCAGCGAAGAUCCUCAAUGGUUCUGCAUGUAUUUAGAUAUGGAACAUCCUGUGACUUGAACUGUAUUUAUGUCUCUGUGGUUCUACUUUCACCAGUUUUGUGGGUUCAGGGAUUUGCCAGCGGUUUGGUUGCUGUAAUUUGUUGUUUUGUACUAAUACACUAAAUUAACUGUUUUUUGGUUUUUGUUUUUUUUAAAUUGAUUUCAGGAAUUCUACGGAGAUUACAUUGCUGUGAACCCUCACAUAUUUUCUCUUAACAUUGUGGGGUGCUAUCAGGUGAGUGACGUAGCUCCCACUACGGACCCACUGUCAGUGUGUGUGUAUGUAUGUAUGUAUGUAUGUAUGUAUGUGUGUGUGUGUAUAUAUAUAUAUAUAUAUAUAUAUAUAUUUAUAUUUAUUUAUUUAUUUAUUUAUUUAUUUUUCCCAUUCUCUUCGGGAACUUCUGAGAUGGAUCAUUUAUUGGGGGGCCACCACGGGACUAUUUUACCUUCGCAGUGCAACCUUUAUGGAAUAUCUAACUCCAGAGUCUGCCACAUACUGCCUUAAAUAAACAUUAUGGCAUUAGGAAUGCAACCUGUCCCUUGUGUUAUUAAAGCACUCGGCAUGUUUACUCACAUCAUUACUCAUUUGUAGAGAUGUCGCGAACCGUGGCGAGCCGUUCGCGGGAAGUUCGCGAACGGUUCGCGACAUCUCUGCUCAUUUGGUUAAAGGAAUACUAUAGCAUUACAUAUACUAACCUAUUGCCCCGAUUUGCCAUUGCUCACCUCUCAGCCUCUCUCUCCACCUCAUCAAGCAGGCUCGGCAUCCUCCGUCAUGGUACAAUCAAAUGCUCCUAAUAGGGUCGCAUUGGGGACCUGAUGAAUAUGUGCGGCAAGUACCGCGCGCAAACCAAAACUUCACCAUAGGAAAGUCCUAUGGACUUCCUUGUUACGAGACCAAGUUUUACUUGGUCAGUGCUGUGUAAGAGCCUCUAGUGGCCAUCAGGAAACAUUGCACUUUCUUAAAAACUUUGAAGCUUUUUACAUCGUGGGGUUAAAAUGACAGGGACGCUGCACCCAGGUCACUUCAUUGAGAUGGUCUGGGUGACUAAAGUGUCCCUUUAAUAAGUUGCGGUGGGCUGUUACAGAGCCCCAUGCCAUUAGAUUUGUGUAUCUUUUGCCCCUCCCACAAGGAGAGUGGUGGCCUGGAAUGAAUAAUCUCUUAGUUGCUCCUUGUCUUGUUAUAUUCUGUAAUAUAGCGGUGUGGGUAGAACAUCAUAUCCCUGAGAUCAGUAAAUGUAAAGACUAAAAUGGCUUACGCAAUCAAGAGCUGUGGCAUCUGGAGCAUAGCAAUCCACCCCCCCAGAUAUCGGGAUGUAGGAUCUGUAGUCUAAUUGAACUGUAAAAUGUAUUUGGAACAGUGAAACAUUUUCUGUAAAACACGCAGUCUUAGUAAAGGUAGGGGAUCACUAAUACCACUUACAUUUACAAUAUUUAUGUCCCAGGGCCGGAACUGGGAUCCCACCCAUCUGACUAGGACAACGCAAGGACUGACCGCUCUGCUGCUUUCUCUGAAGAAGUGCCCCAUGAUUCGAUACCAGCUCUCGUCAGACAUGGCCAAGAGACUGGCAGAAGGUGUGAAGGUCAGAAAACCCAUUACUCCACACUAUGGAUCCUAGACUCGCAUUGUUCAAAUUGACAUUGCCUUCCUGAAUAUUCUAUUGUGUGUAAAGCAUGGUUUAUUAUUUUUAUUUUUUUCUGGAACCAUAAGUGUCACUUUUUGUCUCCAUUCUCGCCUUGGUUCUCUGAGCAGCCAUGGGAGCCCAGGGCCUUUUACCAAGAUGCUAAGAGGUGUGCUAGAUUUGUCUUUGCAGGGGGAGAUGCCAGCUGGUCCACUGGACCUGGAGGGGGCGCCAAACUAUCCCCAUGAGCUGGGCAUUGCCAGCCUAAACUUGACCAAUAAGCGUCUUUGUUGGUUGCUCUUCUGCUUUUUCUUCCCUCCAAGCUGAAAACUGCAAACAUACCUCGGUAAAGAGUGUGUGGCAUCGCUUUAGUCCAUUAAUGCAGUGUAUUUAAUUCAGAUUAUGUUCAAAGGAGAGGCAGACAGCAAUAUGGUGUGUAAUAGAGCAGCAGGACAUGCUAGCAGAAUGCUUGGUUGGAUAGGGAGAGGUAUUAGCAGUAGAAAGAGGGAAGUGCUCAUGCCAUUGUACAGAACACUGGUGAGACCUCACUUGGAGUAUUGUACGCAGUACUGGAGACCGUAUCUUCAGAAGGAUAUUGAUACCUUAGAGAGGGUUCAGAGAAGGGCUACUAAACUGGUUCAUGGAUUGCGGGAUAAAACUUACCAGGAAAGGUUAAAGGAUCUUAACAUGUAUAGCUUGGAGGAAAGACGAGACAGGGGGGAUAUGAUAGAAACAUUUAAAUAUAUAAAGGGAAUCAACACAGUAAAGGAGGAGACUAUAUUUAAAGAAGAAAAACUACCACAACAAGAGGACAUAGUCUUAAAUUAGAGGGACAAAGGUUUAAAAAUAAUAUCAGGAAGUAUUACUUUACUGAGAGGGUAGUGGAUGCAUGGAAUAGCCUUCCAGCUGAAGUGGUAGAGUUAACACAGUAAAGGAGUUUAAGCAUGCGUGGGAUAGGCAUAAGGCUAUCCUAACUAUAAGAUAAGACCAGGGACUAAUGAAAGUAUUUAGAAAAUUGGGCAGACUAGAUGGGCUGAAUGGUUCUUAUCUGCCGUCACAUUCUAUGUUUCCAAUAUGUUGGGAUUAAUGCUGGCUUCUAACUCCUUGGAACACGCCAGUCUCUCACUUGAGUGGAGCCAUUCAAUCUUUCAUUACAUUACUUUCUGGAGUUUGUGCUUUGCUAAAUGUGUCUAACAAUAAUAUUGUAACUUCUAGUGUCCACUUCACAGAGCGUGCCGGAGACAUCAUACAUAGCUGAGGAUUUUAUAGCGUUCAGAAUAGAAUUGGGGAUAGUAAGCCACAAACCGUAGGACAGUAUGAAGCCCUGUUAAACUUAUUAACUAUAAUUAAACUGGUUGUUAGGGCUAUGAACAGUAAUAUAGAUCAGUGCAGUGUUGGACAAUGUGUUUUUAUGCUCAUUUGAGGGCAAGUUAUCUCGUUAACAAUUGUCAUCCAGAAAACUCACCCUGUUCAUCUUGUCCUCUCCAGCGAGUCAUCACGAACGAAUACGAGUUGUUUGAUUUCCGACGGACAGAAGUCCCGCCUUUACUACUGAUCCUGGAUCGCUCUGAUGAUGCCAUCACACCUCUCUUAAACCAGGUCUGUUUCCCCUAUAUUAAGUCAAUUAAUCGUAAGCCCUUACUGCUCUCAUUGGAAGGCUUUUCCAGGUAUCUACUACCCUUUUCUAUAUCACUGUUACUGCUCCCACUGGAAGGCUAUUCCAGGUAUCUACUACCCUUUCUAUAUCACUGUUACUGCUCCCACUGGAAGGCUAUUCCAGGUAUCUACUACCCUUUCUAUAUCACUGUUACUGCUCCCACUGGAAGGCUAUUCCAGGUAUCUACUACCCUUUCUAUAUCACUGUUACUGCUCCCACUGGAAGGCUAUUCCAGGUAUCUACUACCCUUUCUAUAUCACAGUUACUGCUCCCACUGGAAGGCUAUUCCAGGUAUCUACUACCCUUUCUAUAUCACAGUUACUGCUCCCACUGGAAGGCUAUUCCAGGUAUCUACUACCCUUUCUAUAUCACUGUUACUGCUCCCACUGGAAGGCUAUUCCAGGUAUCUACUACCCUUUCUAUAUCACUGUUACUGCUCCCACUGGAAGGCUAUUCCAGGUAUCUUCUACCCUUUCUAUAUCACUGUUACUGCACCCACUGAAAGGUUAUUCCUGGUAUCUACUACCCUUUCUAUAUCACUGUUACUGCUCCCACUGGAAGGCUAUUCCAUAUAUCUACUACCCUUUCUAUAUCACUGUUACUGCUCCCACUAGAAGGCUAUUCCAGGUAUCUACUGCCCUUUCUAUAUCACUGUUACUGCUCUCACUGGAAGGCUAUUCCAGGUAUCUACUACCCUUUCUAUAUCACUGUUACUGCUCCCACUGGAAGGCUAUUCCAGGUAUCUACUACCCUUUCUAUAUCACUGUUACUGCUCUCACUGGAAGGCUAUUCCAGUUAUCUACUACCCUUUCUAUAUCACUGUUACUGCUCCCACUGGAGGGCUAUUCCAGGUAUCUACUACCCUUUCUAUAUCACUGUUACCGCUCCCACUGUAAGGCUAUUCCAGGUAUCUACUACCCUUUCUAUAUCACUGUUACUGCUCCCACUGGAAGGCUAUUCCUGGUAUCUACUAUUUGAGUAUUAAAAAAGGAAAUGUUAAAUGAAGUUUUGUGUUAGUAAUUAUUAGUUGAAUUAAGGUUGAAAAGCUUUUAAACUCCAAAAACACUUCUAGGGCUAAACAUUAAAUAAAUAUCAUGAAUACACAUAGUAAGUAAUAUUUUUCAGAUAUUUUAAACGAACAAUCCACUGAUUUUCUUUUAACGAACUAGCAGACAUACCCCCAAAGAAAAUAUGCCCUUUUUUUUUUUUAUAUGCCCUUUUCCAGCCCUAACUUAGUCUGUGCCGGGUAAUACUCCAGUCAGAGACGUCUCAUUGAGAUCUCCUGUGCCGGAUAAUACUCCAGUCAGAGAUGUCUCAUUAUCCCCUGUGCCGGGUAAUACUCCAGUCGGAGCCGUCUUAUUGAGAUCUCCUGUGCCGGGUAAUAUGCCAGUUAGAGAUGUCUCAUUGAGAUCCCCUGUGCCGGGUAAUACUCCAGUCAGAGGCAUCUCAUUGAGAUCUCCUGUGCCGGAUAAUACUCCAGUCAGAGAUGUCUCAUUAUCCCCUGUGCCGGGUAAUACUCCAGUCGGAGCCGUCUUAUUGAGAUCUCCUGUGCCGGGUAAUAUGCCAGUUAGAGGCAUCUCAUUGAGAUCUCCUUUGCCGGGUAAUACUCCAGUCAGAGGCGUCUUAUUGAGAUCCCCUGUGCCGGGUAAUACUCCAGUUAGAGGCGUCUCAUUGUGAUCUCCUGUGCCGGGUAAUACUCCAGUCAGAGGCAUCUCAUUGAGAUCUCCUUUGCUGGAUCUAUGAGCCUGUGAACGCACACAGUCACAGCUUUCCAGUGUUUCUCAAUGAUUUGUAGUACAGAUCAUUAAAAGGGGGGGAUGUAGGCAUGCUGGAACCCAUGGAGGCGUUCUACGUUGAAGUGCUUUCUGUGUUUGCAGUGUUCCUUUAAUGCGAGAUGCGAGGUCUGAGCAGGGAUUUUAGUUGCCCUGAAAAAUUUUCUCUCUCUCUGUUUCCCAUGAACAACCUCUCCCCAUCGUCCUCAUCUAUCAUUCUGCACUGUUUCCCCUACCUCUUUUAACCUCACUGCAGUUUUCUGUCCCUCCUUCUUGUCAACUUUUUUCCUCUAUUGCUUUAAUUUAUCUUUCUGGCCUUCAUGUCUCUCUUUCUACUCAGAAUGAAGGUAUCGCCCAUCAUUCUUUUACCUUCUCCCUGUAUCCCCUCAGUAUAACAACCUCAUUAGCUCCACUGCAGACCAUUCCCUGAUUACUACAGGGCUCCUAAUAAUUUGGUUCAACAGAAUGAUUUCUUGGGAGAUAGGAUGGGGAAGAGGAUGGGUCACGUUUUAGUGUAUGGACAAAACAAAGACGGAUAUUCUUGAUUUGGCCACUACCCUUCUGUAAAGAAUUUUCCUAAAGUUUGUGGAAGCCACAAAAGGCUGGAAUUAAUGUUUUGUAUGAUGAUAGCUGGUGAGUUUUUCUUUCUAGUGCGUCCCAUGGUUUUAGUUAUGGUAGACCCGUUUUUAGUUCUGUUACAAAGUGACAAGUCUGAGAAUGAUUUGUCCUCUGCUAAUUUCCUGCUACGAGAAGCAUGUAAGACCUCUUUCAGAAUUGUUACUAAUGUGUCUUCUCUUGGAUGCUUUCUGGCCAACAGUGGACGUACCAGGCGAUGGUGCAUGAGUUACUGGGCAUCAACAACAAUCGUAUCGACCUGGCCCGUGUGCCAGGGAUCAGCAAAGAUCUGAAGGAAGUGGUGCUGUCAGCAGAGAAUGAUGAGUUCUACGCAAAUGUAAGCACUAUAAUCUCUAGAGACCCAGAAACGUGUUAGAAUUUGCUGCUUAUGUCCCUACCACCUUAUUACCCGCGCACCUUUGCCCCAAUCGUUACCAUCUGUUUUACUUGUGGCUACAAUGAUGUUCUACUUGUAUAUGUAUGUUAACAAUUUUCCAGAUGUGAAGUGGCAGUGCCAACAUUGGGUUGUUGCUCCACCCCAUGCUCUAGACACGUAGUCUAGAAAAACAUAAUAAAAAGUUAGACGUUCCCUUGCUCUCCUCAUCCUGUCCCAAACUCUGCGUCCGCUGCCUGUCUUUGAAUUUAGAGGAGAUUCUCAUCCUGGUAUUCUAAAAAAAAAAAAGGUUCUUCCUCUGUGCUAAUAUUCCUUGGUGAAAGCUCGGCUGUCGGCAACCAGUGCCUUUAUUUAGCCGCUUGCCAUCUAAACAUGCAGUUUAUGGAAGCUGUUCAGAAUGAGACCAGGAAUUUGGGACACAGUUCUUCCAUGGGACUAUUUCUGAGGAAAUCACUUUACUUACUAAACCCUAGAAAUCCCUAGAAUCCAGCUUUCAGAGCGCUACAACCCGACUUUGUAUCCACAGCUUCUCUCAGGAAAUCACAAGUCUCCAUCACCUACUUAAAGGAAGUUUCAGAAAGGCCACAUGGUAUCUAAAGGAACAUUGGCCAGAUGGGAGGCCAUUUCUUUAACUGGUUUAUGUGUAGAUCCUCCAGAAUAUGUUAGGCCUUAUUCUACUCACUUAGUGUCCACCUCUUGCUGCAACCUGUUCUAAUCAACACGUAUUCAGUAAACAUUAACAGUGAAACAUUGAAACAUGCACCAGUAAAGACUAGUUAUUCAAGCUCUAGUAAAAGCCCAAUCAUGUAUUUUUUUGCCAGCUUCCUGCUUGUCAUUGCUGUUUCACGUCUGGUACAAUCUAAAAAUGUUUUUUCUUAAGCUUAUGGUAAAAUGCUUUUUCUAUAGCGAUAUCACUAUUGCAAUUUCCUUAAAUCUUGUUUGUGUGUUAAUGUCCUGGGGUGGUUUGGGGUCUAGUCACCCCAGAUAGAAAACAAUAGAGGCUAACUCAUUAUUCCAUUUUCUAGGCUAUCUGUCCUACUUCCCACUGCUUGGCACUGUCACCUUCACUAAGGAAAAAUCAUUAUAUGAAUCUCCUGAGUACAGUCACUAACUCUAUUUAUCGAGCAGGAGUCACAGACUGAUAUUCCCAGCAGUCAGGAAGAUUUAGAUCCAGGUUACAGUUCAUGGUUACUUGCAGGGGAGGAGAAUGACUGACUCUUAUCAAAGUUAAAAGAUUUAGGUUUUUACUCUGAGAAAUGAUUGCACUCACCCUUUCCCAGUGGGAGUGCUGCAUGGUCACUGUAUUCUGAGCCUUGCAGGCUCCUGUACAGAGUGCGAGGGACUUAACAUGUCGAGAGACUGAUGGCAACUUCACCAGGCCUGGCACAGGGUCAGGGUGGAUCCAAGUUAAGAUUGCGAAAUUAAUCCAACUCUUGUUUUUUUGUUUUUUCUCCAUCUCUCAUAACUGGGUUUAUUAAAACAUGGCUUCUCAGUCUUUUAUGGAGAAGUACCCCUACAGAUUUAAUACAAUUCCUGAGUACCCCUGCCUCAAUUAAGUCAUUUUUAUUGAUUUCAAUUCCAAACUAAAUGAGUAGACAGUGAUAUUUACGUUAAUCUCAAAUUGGAAAACAAGUUUGAUUAGAGGUAGUUGUAAGGAAACCAAGUAUAUAUUUUUUUGUUGUUGUAAAUAUAGUUUUUAUUAGCAGUUCAGAUAGUAACAGAAAGCAGUGCCGAUAUUGUCAGCGAGACUCGCAGGUCUCCAAUUGCAUCUUACAUGAGUACCACAGGUUUUAGGUGUAUCUUUAUAUAGCGUUAUUGUAAGCGGAGGGUUGCUGGCCCACAACAUUAAGGGCAAAUGGGUUCUAUAGUUGAUCCCCAAUCAAAUGGUUAAUAGUGCGGUAGGUCACGUCCUCUAACAUGGGGAGUGAGAGAGGGGUUUGUUUUGCGGGACCGGGUCCUAUAGUCUUGCACCAGGUCUGGAACUCCCUCUUCUGUCUGCCCUUUCCCUAACUUCAGCGGUGCCUAGGUAUGUUGUGGGUUCUCUCCUGGGUCAUCUACCCUCUCGUUCUGAGUCUGCGUCCCUUCAUCAAUUAUGAGGCAAUGCCGUUAUAAAAGGGGGGGGGGGUGCUCAGUGGUGUGUUUAGUUGCCUCUGUCGUCUUGCUUCCUUGUGGGCGGUAAUUGUUGUCGUUCUCCAGUCGCUAUCCCCUUUUGGUAUCUGUGGUGUGUCUGGAGUGUUUUCCCCCUUUGGGUGGGGGUGAUGUGGUGUCUCAAUGUUCGGUUGUGUCAGUCGUCUUGUGUUGACUUAUGUUUGCUGUUUAUUGUAGGAGUUUCCCUUGUUGUGGGAACCCCCCGACUUUAUCAAGCGAUGUCUCGCGGGUCCCAUGUCCCAUGGGGAAAUCAUGGUGCCUUCUCGGGUUCUAAUAUUUUGUGGCCAUGUUGCGCCAGGCAGUCCCCGGCCUCGCCCGGGGGAAAAGAAAAAGAAGGGGGAGGGGGGGGAGAGGGGAGAGAUAGGGAUGGGUGGGGGUGUAUGAGGGGGGAGAGCUGGGAGGUAUGGGGCAGAGCUAUGUUGUGGCAUGGGUCUAUCCUGACUCCCGAGUUAGCCGGGAAACCAAGUAUAUUUAAACCUUAUUCGGUAGUUUCCUCCCGAACUGCCAGAGCCUCAGUGAUUAUAGCUCCCUGUUCGGUAGAUAGGGUAGACGAAUCCAAUAGUAAUUCCCACAGCUUCACAAGAUGAUUCCCUUAGUGAAACACACGAAUCCCCAAACAUCAGCCGAAGUCAAGAAGAAGGGUACAAAAUGAACUGUCCUUUAAUGGGUACACACAGCUUUUAUGCAAGUCCCCAUGCAAGGGGACAGCCCUAAGGGAGGCACAAACAUUAACCAAUCACAGGCAGUAAAACUUUAACACACACCUACAAUUCCCUCCCCUAGCCCAGGAGAUAAUUCAGUCUGAUAAAAUAGUAACUUAAUUAUCUCCGGGCUGAAAAAUCACCUUUUUCCCCAAUAUCUAGAACACCCCUUUAUACUGGAGGUAUCCCCAUAAAUUAUAUGUCCCCUGAUAGCCCUGAUCUGGUUGACCAACAUAUCCGAAUUUAACCCAGAUCGGUUCAGGGGUUCGCAAAAAUUAUGGAAGUCUCUUGUGACCGGCUCACCCUGGGCUGUAUGCCCAAAACAGUUCCAUGAAUUUGGUGGGUUUUGCCGGUCACUUUCGAAAAAGCAUAAAAAACGAAUAAAGUACCGAAUGGAUCCCUCUGGCUCUUAGCAGCGUCCGUGCCCCUCUGUCGAAUACACCAAAGUACCGAAUAGCGCUCUUCCAGCUAUUCGGUAAAUGGAGUUCCAUCGUUCGUCUGUUUGGGACCGGUGUUCGGGAAGUCGAGUGUCCGUUUUCAGUUCCAUGCACUCGACGACCAGGUCCCACUGCCUUUGUUCGCAUCAACAAAGAUGGCCGCGGUUUUCUCUGCCACGUGGCGUUCGACUGACAAACGCUGGCUGCACAUACAGAGGUAGCAAUUUCACCCAAACUUUGAUGUUUAAUGAGCCAGAGGGGUGGUCUUUGUUCGGUAGUUCCAUCUACCGAAUGCAAUAGGCAGAAAUGGAGAUAAAAAGGGGAAUGCAAUGGUUAAAUAACAUAAGAAACAGGGGGUUUCUUCACAGUAGUAAGGAAUAUUUUUAAAGGGACACUAUAGUCACCAGAACUACUACAGCUUAUUGAAUUUGUUCUGGUGAGUAUAAUCAGUCCCUUAAUAUUUUUUGCAGUAAAGAUUUUUUUUCAGAGAAAAUGCAGUGUUUACAUUACAGCCUAGUGAUAACUUCACUGGCCACUCCUCAGAUGGCUGUUAGAGAUCCUUCCUGGAUCAUGGCUGCCUAAAAUGCAUCCAAACAUUCAGUGUCUCCUCCCUCUGCAUGCAGACACUGAACUUUCCUCAUAGAGAUUCAUUGAUUCAAUUAUCUCUAUGAGGAGAUGCUGAUUGGCCAGGGCUGUGUUUGAAUUGUGCUGGCUCUGCCCCUGAUCUGCCUCUUUGUCAGUCUCAGCCAAUCCUAUGGGGAAGCACUGUGAUUGGAUCAGGCUACCACUUCUGAUGAUGUCAGUAGACUUCUUGGUUUUGUUUUAUUUUAGGCAAACAGCAUGCAGAUCUACAGCUUCAGGCUUGAAUACAGUAAGAUAUUGCUAUAUUUAUGGUAGCAUUUAGGGUUCCUGACCCUAAAGUGAUCCUUUAAAUAAAUGACAAAAUAUGAAUAUUGUGUAUGUAAGGAGGAGGUGGCUAUUUUGGCUGUAAUCUUCGUGCUCUCUAGUGAUGCCGGAGUGAUGUCAUACUCUGACUCCUGACAGCACCGCAGGGCGCAGUGCUGGAAGAGCACAGAGAUAACAGCUCCCUCACACUGGCAUUCUCCCAUCCAGACACCGCACAUUCGGGCUUGGUAAACAGCCGUCUGCUCUGCCAUAGUAGAGAGCCGGUCGCUUGCUGGUGUUCCCCCUCCUUGUGGUGCUGGUACCCGAUAGGAUACACUUCCCACUGGCUGAGAACCUGUGUAUUAAAACACAUCCUUGUGGCUUGUUAUCGUUACUUUGCUCCCCCUCUGACUUUCUGGAUUUUUUAUUGGAUGAUCUUCAUUUUUCAGAUUAUAAGGAAUUAAUAGUUUACCCGUGUUUGGCUUCACAGAACAUGUACCUGAACUUUGGAGAGAUUGGGACCAACAUCAAGAACCUCAUGGAGGAUUUCCAAAGGAAGAAACCCAAAGGACAGCAGAAGUUGGAAUCCAUUUCAGACAUGAAGGUUGGUAGAAUUAUGCUCCGUUUGUUAAUACAUUUCAAUAAUAUAACACACAUCUUCUAAAUCUGUUGUGGUGUCUGAGGGGUGUGUGUACAACGCAGAAGUGCCACCAUGAUUAGCCACGCAUCUCCCAUAGCGCUAGCUGUCCGUCAGCACUUUAGUGAGUCCAAAUAAUGACUUGUCUUAAGCUUUGGAAUAAAACGUUAUAUUUGCUAAUUAUCCCACUGAGAGUUUGGCAAUGUUACCUGAUCAACAGAGCCCACUGCUUUAUUCAAUAAACAGGGAAUGCUGGCAUUGGGAUCUGAGAACCGCAACGUGAAGGCCAAACUUGUAACACAGAGGAAAGUAGCUGUGCUUUAAAAUGUACAAGUCCCCUGUCAUAUGAGUAUUAUUUAGUGAACAACUCUGAUGAGAGCGUUCCUGGAUACUGCGAUUCAUAGGAAACGAUAACUGCAAGAAGGUUUAAAUAUAAAUGAAUAAUAAUGACCAGAUUUUAAAGCACAACAUUGGUGUGUUUUGUAUUUUUAAUGUAAUAAUUUCCCUAUGCCGUGCCAUAUGAGCAGGAACCUGGACGUGUAAGCAAUGCCUGAAUUCUCUUCCUGAUCAUCAUUUUACAAUGAUAUCACCCUGAACACGAUAGAGGUGUGCUGGAACGGAGGUGCAUUUUUACUUCCCUCCUUUGCACCACCUGCCUCAUUAAGAUAUUAAAUAGCAUUUUCUCGAGUGAGUGAAUGCAUAAAAGCUAUGUUUCAGCAUUGAAGCCAUCUUGUCUUCCUUAAGUAUAUUUUGGUUUACAACACUUCCACUAGAUGGCAGUAACGUCCUGGUGUAUGUCAGUCUGUGUCCCUAUUAAAGGAACGCUCUACUGUUAUGAAUGCAAGCACAUGUCCCUAGCAUUGGAGUGUUAUAGUAGCUAUAUUGAUUAUUGCCUCCUCCUCCACCUUUAUCCAUUAUUAAAGAGAUUUGCUUACCUUAUAUCCCAUGGCACGCCGGUCUUGCUGCGGCCACUGCUCCUCCUUUGGCUGAGAUCAUCAUUAAUGAUGAUCUCAGCCAGUCGAUUGCUACUCCAUAGGGAAGCAUUGGGGGCUGGUGAGUUGCACUAAUCAGCAUCUCCUGAUAGAUAUGCAGAACCGUAAUUGGAAGUCCCUAGUAGUGGCCUCCCCCCAUGAAAUAGCGAGCUUAGGAAGUCUAGGGCCAGCGUGCCUGAAUGGACAUCUGGUAGUUCCUUGCACACUGGUGUUUCUAUAACUCAGUGGGUUGGACUGCCAUCUAUUAAAGGAACUCUAUAGUGUUAGAAAUACAAAUCUGUUUCCCUAACAAUAUAUUGUCCCUCUGAACACCCCUCCCCCAAAUAAAGGGUUAAAAACCCUAUAAACUCUUACACAAUUCCAGCACUGAAGACACACGCCUUACUCCUUCCCCCAUGGGACAGCGUCGUGACGUCCAGCAUAGUUUAAUGGAGGUAAACUCCAUGUAUAUGCAGGAAGUGCCUCUAGUGGCUGUCUGGUAGAAGCGCAAUGUGUUCCAUUGCAGGGAUAAGGGGAGAGGGACAGUGCAGCCAGACCAUUCAAUCAGAUGAAGUGGUCUGUGUGCCUAUAGUGUCCCUUUCAGAUGUACACACUGUUUAAACGUACCAUAGUGACAAGCAGGAGUACAAACAAUCAUUUUCUUCCUUCUUUUCCAUUCAGGCUUUUGUGGAAAAUUACCCACAGUUCAAGAAGAUGUCGGGUACGGUGUCUAAACAUGUGACGGUAGUGGGCGAGCUGUCUCGUCUGGUCAGUGAGCGUCAUCUCAUGGAGGUGUCAGAGGUGGAACAGGAGCUGGCGUGUCAGAACGACCAUUCCACUGCACUACAGGUGAUGGGUCCUACUAGAGCAGACAGUGUGCCAUGACUAGGCUGCCCUCCUUGGCAAUCAUGGAUUUAAAACCAUUCCACUGCACUACAGGUGAUGGGUCCUACUAGAGCAGACAGUGUGCCAUGACUAGGCUGUCCUCCUUGCCAAUCAUGGAUUUAAAACCAUUCCACUGCACUACAGGUGAUGGGUCCUUCUAGAGCAGACAGUGUGCCAUGACUAGGCUGUCCUCCUUGCCAAUCAUGGAUUUAAAACCAUUCCACUGCACUACAGGUGAUGGGUCCUUCUAGAGCAGACAGUGUGCCAUGACUAGGCUGCCCUCCUGGCCAAUCAUGGAUUUAAAACCAUUCCACUGCACUACAGGUGAUGGGUCCUACUAGAGCAGACAGUGUGCCAUGACUAGGCUGUCCUCCUUGCCAAGCAUGGAUUUAAAACCAUUCCACUGCACUACAGGUGAUGGGUCCUUCUAGAGCAGACAGUGUGCCAUGACUAGGCUGCCCUCCUGGCCAAGCAUGGAUUUAAAACCAUUCCACUGCACUACAGGUGAUGGGUCCUACUAGAGCAGACAGUGUGCCAUGACUAGGCUGUCCUCCUUGCCAAGCAUGGAUUUAAAACCAUUCCACUGCACUACAGGUGAUGGGUCCUACUAGAACAGACAGUGUGCCAUGACUAGGCUGUCCUCCUUGCCAAGCAUGGAUUUAAAACCAUUACACUGCAGUACAGGUGAUGGGUCCUUCUAGAGCAGCCAGUGUGCCAUGACUAGGCUGUCCUCCUUGCCAAUCAUGGAUUUAAAACCAUUCCACUGCACUACAGGUAAUGGGUCCUACUAGAGCAGACAGUGUGCCAUGACUAGGCUGCCAUCCUGGCCAAGCAUUGAUUUAAAACCAUUCCACUGCACUACAGGUGAUGGGUCCUACUAGAGCAGACAGUGUGCCAUGACUAGGCUGCCCUCCUUGCCAAGCAUGGAUUUAAAACCAUUCCACUGCACUACAGGUGAUGGGUCCUACUAGAGCAGACAGUGUGCCAUGACUAGGCUGCCCUCCUUGCCAAUCAUGGAUUUAAAACCAUUCCACUGCACUACAGGUGAUGGGUCCUACUAGAGCAGACAGUGUGCCAUGACUAGGCUGUCCUCCUUGCCAAUCAUGGAUUUAAAACCAGUCCACUGCACUACAGGUGAUGGGUCCUACUAGAGCAGACAGUGUGCCAUGACUAGGCUGCCAUCCUGGCCAAUCAUGGAUUUAAAACCAUUCCACUGCACUACAGGUGAUGGGUCCUACUAGAGCAGACAGUGUGCCAUGACUAGGCUGCCAUCCUGGCCAAGCAUGGAUUUAAAACAAACUUGGCAAUUGUGGGGACGUUGGGUUUUCUUUUAUAUUUUUCUUUGCGGACGACCUCUCAUAUGACAUCUGCUGAGUGGUGGCAACUUGAGAGGUCAGGGAAGAUAUAACCAUCCCUCAAGCUGGCACCGUUAUUCCUCUACUCCAUCACCCAGUCUCACAACUCGCAGUGUGAUGUCAUUGUAUGUAUUGUGCAUCACGCAGAAUGUAUUGGCAGUUUUACUAUUAUAAACGUUAUUUCUUUAAGACAAUAUGCUUUAAAUGGGAUUUUCCUGUUUUUUUUGUAUUUUUUGUUGUUGAGAAAAUGCAGUUUUUACUUUGUCCCUAAAUACCCUUCUAGUAGCUGUCACUUUGAAUCCAAAUAGUAGAGUACCUCUAGUGUUAAAAAUGCAGGUUUGUUUUUAAAGCAGUUUACCUCGCUGCAGUGCUUUUACAUGAAAUUAACCUGGUUAGACCCCCUGCUGUCAGACACCUGGUCCUGUUACUUCCUGGUUUGUUUAAUUCAGUGGAGCUAAACUCAAGAGGCAGCAAUUACCCAGAGCACCUGCCUUGCAAAGACUUUUCAUUGAGCUGCAUUGGGAAGUCUGUGAUUGGACAGCCAUAGAAUGUCUGGGCGGGGUUAGAAGGGGAGGGCUUACAAAGGCUGCAGACAAGAGAUCUGUAGUAUUUACAAAAUGUUUUUAGAUAUAACUCCAGUGAAAUAAUGCAUAAUUAUAUGUAUGUAUGAUUUCAUUUUGAGUAUAUCUACUAAACAGUGAUUGUUUUUUUGUUUUUUUUUCUACACAUGCAGUGGAAUGUCCCUUUAAGGUUAGAGCUCUCAUAUAAAUGCUGCAUUUGAGGCCAAGAUUGCAAGUCGUGGGCUUGUGAUCCUAAUUGUGGCAAAAUCAUGCCCAGUUUCCUGCCUUUUAACCCUAACUUUAGAAGCAGUGAAUGUUAAUUGGGCUGGAUGGGGGGCUGUUUCAAUAAAGAGGUCAUAACAGCCUCUCCGUAUAGUGAAUUAACUUCAGAUAUGUUCAUGAUCUGGUUAUGUUUGUUUGCACUGUGUUAGUGAAAUCUGCAGCAGGAUUCUGCAGUGCCAGGAAAACGGAUAUGUUUUGAUAUGAUCCCUUUGAGCAAGGAGUAGGAGGUUAAAGGAGAAUUGUCCCUUCUCUUUGAAUCACAACAUUGAAAAUCACCCAUAACUUGUGUUAACCUGUUUACCUGUGAUGGACUGUUUACUAUUAAAAGUGAGAUCAAGCAUUGUAUUGGAGCAGGAUUCUGUCUCUCCUCCUGUCCGUAUGCUCUCCAUGCUGGUAGCAAGGUGCAAAGACGGGCUAAAUAACAUUUUAUUUUUCACUAUUUGUUAUAUAUAGGGAUAAGUGACAAUAAUAUGAAAUGUUGUGGGGCAGUGACGAUGUCCCUUUAAGAAUGUGUUAAUGCUCUGAGCACAGUGUUAGAAGGAGUGUUUUAAUAAAUGUCAUGUAAACACAGUGAGGAAUUUUGUUAAUUAGAUUUAAAAAUAACCCAACCUUGGGAGUAGCUCUUAUUAACCCCGGGGGGGCUGUGUGCCAUUGACAGUUACUGAAUCUUAGGAAGACAUUAACCUUUUAGUGAAUGUAGCUUUGAAGGCUUACUCCAAGCACCAUAAUCACUGUAGCCCGAUGUUAUGAAGUUGGCCUUGGCACUGUUUCCUGGCAACAGUUGCAAUAGUUUGCCCUCUUACCUGGUCCCGUCGGGAGCGGAGUCUCCUGUAAUAAGGGCUGAACUGCAUCCAGCUUCUGUAGAGCUGCUGAUUCUGCCAUCCAUUUAUUUGCAGAAUGCGUCAGGUGAGCGCGUCAGGGGAACGCUCUCAGCCAAUGUAUAAACGUCUGUGCACAGAAUAUGCAGAGAACUGUCAUUAGCCAGCCUGGAACUCUCAAUCAUUGCUGACUAAUGACACCACUGGCAAGUAGCCCAAAUACCUUUUGUUUGUACAGCGUUUUACACUGAAACAGCACAUACAGGCUCCGUGCACCAUGACCAUUUCAUAGCACUGAAGUUAUUAUGGUGCUUUGAAUUUCCAUUUAGGGUUUAGUAAAACUAUGUGGGCUUUUAGUCUGGUGUGUUGCAUUACAGAAGGUCAGCACGUUUUCCAUGCGUUCCAGAUAAAUGCUUAUGGUAAUGAUGUUUGGAUGGAGCUAAUAAUGACGCGUUGUGAACGCUUUGUCCAAUUCAUUCAGAAUGAGACGUGUUCAUUGUCUCCUUGAACCCUGUGCAUGAGUCAGGCUCGCAUCCUCCUCAGACAAUACCCUGACUGUGUAAUAUGUCCAGAGAGACGUCAUAGGACAGUGUGUUCACUCCAUAUCACUCUUAAUGGGGUGUUUGUGUCAUUAGCACAAAGUGUGCUUUGCAUACCAGCAGUGUUACGGAAAAUGCGAGCCCCUUAACCCUUACGUGGAUACUCGCAGCUUUUGUUCUCUGUGUUUUUCAGGGAAAGAUGGCACUAAAAAACCUCAGAGUGGGAACUAUUAAAGCAUCGCAGAGUAAUCUCUGUUGAGAAUUGUUCGUUCUGUCAGUCUUUCUCAUUCUGCUGCCCUUGUACCCAUUAAUUUACUCUGCAAUAGAAAGUGAGACAAAAUACGCAGAGAACAGACGACAAUAUUCUUACAAAAACUGUCCGAAUAGAAAAAGAAGUAAUGUGACACUUUUCAGUCUUCCCCUUUGAUAUAUAUUUAGUUGAUAUUGAGAUUAGACUGUCAAGGCAAUGCAGUGUUCCAGAUCAGGAGGACAUUGCCCAAGUAGGAUUGUUCUAAUUCAUUUGAUGAUUCUAUUUGCAGAACGUGAAGCGUCUUCUGCAGAACCAGCGGCUGUCUGAGCUGGAUGCCACCAGACUUGUCAUGCUCUACGCCUUGCACUACGACCGACACAGCAGCAACGGCAUGCAGAGUCUCCUCACCGACCUCCGGAACCGCGGCGUGUCAGAUAAAUAUCGCAGGGUACGUGCCGCGGCACAGAUCAGAAAGUGUACCUACCACCACAACCCUAAAUGAUAAGCUUACUGGGAGCAUUCAUCGUCUUAGCUCUCUGUUUAAAUCUCUCAUACACAAGAUGGUAUUUUUAUAAACACUACACUGUAACGCUUAAUAAGGAACACGUCAGGGACUGCUUGACUGUAACAGAGAGCUAUAUACUAUAGUCAGUGCACCCUGGAGUGAUGGCAUUUUGAUUGCAGUGUGUAUAUUUUUUAUUUGGUUUUAGAGUACUCUGUGCAUUAUCCGUAUGAUGCAUUCAGGGAAUAACUGGGUGAUUUUUCAGCCUGUGUUCCUUAAAACAGAUCACCGGCAUAUUUACUAUCUGCGUAUAACCUUCCUGGGUAUUUUCCUCUGCACAGCUCCACCUUGUGCCCAUCCGACCAGCGCAUGGUGAUUCCCUUACCUGUUCCUGAGCAGCACAGCAGGUGGUCCGAUCCUAUAUACAAUCUGAUUUUAAUUUGGCAUAUCUGCCAACGCUGAAUAAUUACCAGAUCCUAAGCUGCUCAGGGAGUGAUGUUUCAAAGAUUAGCAUUGGUCUUUAACGGGUUCAAUGGAUAAUUACAAACUUUCAGAAUGGGUUUCUGUUUUCCAGGAUUUCCUCCUAGCUGCUCUCUAGUAAAAUCCUAGUUCUUGUGUCAGUAUGACGUAUUGGGGUCUAGUAUCUGAGUGUGUCUUCUCUCUCCCAACCAGCUGGUGUCCGCCGUGGUGGAAUUCGGGGGGAAGAGAGUGAGAGGAAGCGAUCUUUUCAGUCCGAAGGAUGCUGUUGCCAUCACCAGGCAGUUUUUCAAAGGGCUGAAGGUAUGUGGGGGAAGGGGGAGCAGUGUAAGUCUAUACACACAGGGUUCUUGAAGGGGCACUAUAACCACUGCAGCAGUUAUGUGCCAUACCAUGGUAAGUAGUCACACUGCUUUCGCACGGUUUGACACUUACCUGCACCGUGGGUGCCACGCAGUCUAGCCUACAUUUUUAUAUAUUGCUAUUACAGAGGUUUCUAUCAUCGCAAUAGUGACAUCAUUUCUGCCUGCCAGUGGAUGGAAUUCAUUGGUUGAGCGCAUCAGCUGAUGCAAAUGAAAUUCAUACAAAUAUGGGCAAAUGGACACUAUAGUCACCAGAACUGCAGCUUAAUGUAGUUGUUCUGGUGUCUAUUGCCGGUCCCAGCAAGCUUUUUAAUGUAAACAUGGUCAUUGCUGCAUAGGAACACCUCUAGUGGCAGUCACUCAGACGGCCACUAGAGGUGCUUCCUGGGUCAAUAUAGUACUGACGUUCAGCGUCCCCACGCUCUGCAUGGAGGCGCAGUGGAUCCAAGAGAGGCAAAAACCCAGUCUGAAGCACUUGCAAUUUUGCAGCAUACUAGGAAAAGAUGCCUCCUUGAUCCCAGAAUGGCAGUCAGAUUUAUCCCUGGAUCAAGAAGCUAUUACCCCACUAAUUAAAAUUAAUAUCCCUGUAUAUUAUUAAAGGGACACUAUAGUCACCCAGACCACUUCAGCUCAAUUAAGUUGUGUGGGUGCCAGGUCCCCCAGGUUUUAACCCUUCAGAUGCUAUGUUUACAUAGCAGGGUUUAUCCAACCUCUAGUGGCUGUCUUCCUGACAGCCGCUAGAGGCACUUCUGCGACGCUGGAUGCGAAAUUCGAUUCCAGCGCGCAGAACGUCCAUAGGAAAGCAUUGAGAAAUGCUUUCCCAUGGACUGUUUGAAUGCGCGCGCGGCUCUUGCCACGCAUGCGCAUUCCGCGCCACUCUGGAACUGGCGGGGGAGGAGAGGUCACCUGGAUUAAGAUAAAUGGCUUAAGGGGUUUUAACUCCUUCAGCGCUAAGGGAUGGGGGGGUCCUAAGAAUGCUAAAGUGUCAGGAAAACGAGUUGACACUAAAUUGAUCCUUUAAAGUAACUCUCACUCCUGAAAUAAGACACACAUUGUGUAAAUUUUAUAUUAAAGGGAAUUGUCAUUUAUAUUAAAGAGAAUUAAAUAAGUUUAAAGAACCAUUCUUUCAAAUUCAAUAUGUUACUAUUAUACAGGUUAUAAAGGCUAAUACUAAAUAAUCUGCCGGAGUCUGGCACCAGUUAUACCUCUGUGUGUGCAAGUGUCAGGGAUGGUAAAUGGUAGCAGUGGUGAAUUAGUCAAUCUGCGACAUUGAAGCAAUACAGUUUUCAGAUAAACCUUCAAUCCCAAACACCAAAGAUCAAUGCUCCAUUUAAUCAACGCUUCAAUCAUCAAAAGCAGAAAUCAUGUCAGCGUGUAGUGUCUGGUAAUGUUUGAAUCACUGUAGUACCUUUUCUUUUGAGACUGCAGAGCUCCUUCCCAGCAGGUGAUGUCCUCUGUCUCAGUGUGUCCACAUUAACCCAUGGGCAUGGUGCCACAUCGCGCUCACUGUGAUGUUUUACAGGGUGUGGAGAACGUGUACACUCAGCAUCAGCCUUUCCUUCUCGACACGUUGGAUCAGCUCAUCAAGGGGAAACUGAAGGACAAUCUAUAUCCGUACCUGGGACCCAGCACCCUCCGAGACAGGUAGGUGAAUCAGGCGGGCCCAGGGUAGGUCAUGACCGAGCUGGGUGUAUCUUGUAAAUCUUGCUAGACAGAGGGUGAGUUCUGUUCUCCCAUAUUGCCCUCUUUGAGUGAUUUCGGGUUGCCUUUAGUGUUCUCAGUUACCAAGCAACCACUAGGGAGUCACUAGUCGCAGACUGCAUUUAGACAUCUUGCAGGCAGCGGUAUUAUUCACUAUAUUGUGAAUUAUAUUCCUAAAGCGAUAAUUGCCUCCCCACAGAUAUGGAAACGGGCUCAAACAUCUUUUACACUAUAUAUUUUUUAUUUGUUUAAGCUGUAGUUAAUGUGUGGUUUUUUUUCCCCUAAUAUUUUGCUGCUACUUUUAUUUCUUUUUAAUUUAUUUGUCCACAAACGUGUUUAUUGGGUAACAGACGGUAAGAUCCGUGCAGUGAGACAUUCCAAAGUAAUAUACACCAGUACACUAAAUUGAAGAAAAGAAAAAUACAUUAACGGGACACUGUAGUUAUAUAACCUCUUCAUCUCGUUAUAGUGCCUGGAUUCCCCAGGCACUGUCCCUUCAUUCAGUGUUAAACCAUUCCAUCCCAUUGAAGUGGUUAUAGUGCCUGGAUUCCCCAGGCACUGUCCCUUCAUUCAUUGUUAAACCAUUCCCUCUCAUUGAAGUGGUUAUAGUGCCUGGAGUCCCCUGGGGCUGUCCCUUCAUUCUGUGUUAAACCACUCCCUCCUAUUGAAGUGGUUAUAGUGCCUGGAGUCCCCUGGCACUGUCCCUCCAUUUAAUGUUCAAUCGUUCCCUCCCAUUGAAGUGGUUAUACUGCCUGGAGUCCCCUAAUGCUGUCCCUCCAUUCAAUGUUAAACCAUUUUCGAGCAGUUUAACACUGAAUGAGGGUCCCUGGCUUCCCAUAGCUCCACCCCCACUGGAGGUGUGGCUAAGGCAGAGAUUACACACUUACUUCUUGUAGUACUGAUUCAUACCAGCAAUUGAAGCUGUGAUUGGCUGAGCGUCAACUGACUGCAUUCAGCCUAUCACAGCCACCCAUUGCUGCUCAGGCUGAUACCUGAUCAUUACUCAAGCUGCACCAAGGGGGGGGAUGGGCUACUGGAGACUUGUUUAGCAUUAAAAUUUAAAAAAACGUUAGGUGCCGAAUGAAAAGACAGCGCUAGGAACUCUAGACACUACCAUUGGAGAUGAAGCAGCUGUGGUGCCAACAGUGUUCUUUUAAAAGCACAGGGAGAAUGGUUUUGUUAUAGGUUUUGUGCUUUUAUGGUAUGUUAACAUUUUUAUUAUGAAGCUGAAAAGAGCUGAUUUUGUAUUGGCAUUGGUGAUUCUCAUUUGUACGUGGUAUCAGUCUUGUAGCAAUAUAUUAGCACAGUCAGAGUUCUCACACCUUACAAGCACAUAACAAGUUAACUGUACUGGGUAAGUCAACAUAAUAUUAAAAAUCCCAUAAAAUGAUUAUUCCAGAAGGCAGAAGAACUCCAGCAAUUUUAGUCGACCAAGACUCUGACCCGAUUGUUUUGUUCUUUCUCUUACAUCGUAUGUUUAAAAAUAUUGUGCUUCUGGGUUGCUAAUGUGUUUAUGAUUAGAUUGUUGUUUAUUGAUAUAUACAUAUAUCUGUUCUUAUGCCUUCUAAUCUACAGACCUCAAGACAUUAUUGUGUUUAUUGUCGGUGGUGCAACGUACGAGGAGGCUUUUACAGUCUAUAACCUUAAUCGAACAACACCGGGAGUCCGCAUUGUGUUAGGUGGGACGACAAUUCACAAUACAAAGAGGUGAGUGGCUCAUGGGCUCUGCCUUAUUGUGUAGGAUGUCCUAUAACUCACUGGGAGUGAACACCCUCCAAGCAGGCAGAUACAGAGCAGAUGAUUCCGGUGAUAGAUUGCUCCCUCUGGAAGAGCCGAGAAGGUGUGAUUGAUACCAAUAUCGAUGUCUGGAUGGAAUGAGAGCCAGCUUUAGGGUUGGAAGACUUGGUGUUACCUUGUGAUAGGUGCUGGAAGCCGCAUGGCAUCCAUGGUCAGACCCUGGUACUGCCUUAUAAUUAAUAGAUCGCUAGUCCUUAACGUGAGCAUCUUUUACAUCAUUAACCCUGAAACGGGUAUUAUGGGAACACAAAGCACUCUUGGGGUUCAGGAGGCCUGACCUCAGUCUCCAGAAUCCCAUCAAUGGUAUGUUUGUAAAACUGAAUAAACUGAUAACCGUGACAGAAUGUCUGCCACCAGCUCAUUGGGCCAGUCAGCUGAUCAGCUGGUGUGACGGAUCUGCUGCUUGAGUCUGAACUACAAAUCCCAUGAUCCCCUUCAGGACAGGCGUAAUAGCUGUUUGACAUUUGGUGUUCCCCCGGGUGUAGUUUAAGCUGUUUAAAGCAUUUUUUGCUAUGGAGGACCAAGCCUAUCUCAGCCAGUCACUGCUCCUCAAGCAAAUACUUCUACUGCACCAUCUCAGUAUUAAUCUAUUCCAAACUUAUUAGGGAGGUGCUGGUGGACGUAACACUGUAGCCAUGUCAUUGAUAUGAAGUGGUUCCUUCUUGAAAGCAACAUGCCAAGCACCAUAACCAUUAGAAUGUGCCAUAGUGGUUAUGGUGCUAGGAGUGUUCUGGUAUCCAUUCCAAUCGAAGUAAUCAGUUUUAGGAUGGGCCCUGCCCGCCAUCUCCACUACUGAUAAAGGAGAGCAGGAGCUCCCGGUAACUCCCUGAGCCAAACCCAGCCAUGCGAGACCAGCUCUGAGAGUCAGCUGAUCUCUGCUACCCCCAGGUUUAGCUCGGAGAUUCCAGCUCUGUUGGAAGUAGUGCAUACAGGGAGCGGACCCGUGGUGAGAGGUCAAAUGGUUUAACUACUUAUAAUGAAGGGUUACCAGGACACUCCCCUCACUCCAGUCAUAGCGUGCCAUAGUGGUUAUGGUUCUUUAUUGCAUAUCAAUGUAAUUUAUUAGAAAACUGUAGACUCUGGAAAGUUUUUAAUAGAAAUUCAUGUUUUAUUGGAAAAUGUUUCCUUGAGGGGGUUCUGCUCAGUUUAAAGUUUUACAUUUUUAUUAAAGAUCAUAAUGAAUACACAUUAAAGGACACUUAAAGCAAUAAAAACUUUUUUAAAUCACUGAUCAAUUUUCUGCCAUUUAGGAGUUAAAUCCCUUUGUUUUUGCAGCCCUAGCCACACCUCCCUGCAUGUGACUUACACAGCCUUCCUAAACACUUCCUGUAAAGAGUCAUCUAAUCUUUGUACUUCCUUUUAUUGCACAGUCUGUUUAAUUAAGUAUUUCCUAUUUUCUCUGUUAAAGUAAAAUCACAUUGCCCUGCAAGAUCUGAUUGGAAAUUAAAGGUUUUUUUUUUCUUGUAGGCUGCAUUAGUCAGGAGGUGUGGCUAGUACAGCAAAAAUAAAGUGAUUUAUCUCAUAAAGGGCAUGAUCUACACACAAAAACUGCUUUAUUAAGUUGUUUUGGUGACUAUAGUGCCCCUUUUAAAGGAAAUAAAUGUUUGACAACUUUAUAAAAGAUAAUUUAAAGCAUGGCAUAAUAUAGUAGUUUGUAAUACCUUCAGGUGAAGCUGCACAAUAAUGUGUUAAAGUCAGACAUGUCCUAGGGUUUAUUCACUUGAAGGCCCUUUCAGCUUUCUGGAGCUAAGCCUAGCAGUGCAGGGCUCGCUCUUUGGUUAACAGAAGCUCGUACCCAUAGCGUUCAGCUUGCCAGGCUGCAGGGAGCAGCGUUACCAGUAGCGUUCAGCUUGCCAGGCUGCAGGGAGUAGCGUCACCAGUAGCGUUCAGCUUGCCAGGCUGCAGGGAGCUGUGUUACCAGUAGCGUUCAGCUUGCCAGGCUGCAGGGAGCAGCGUUACCAGUAGCAUUCAGCUUGCCAGGCUGCAGGGAGCGGCGUUACCAGUAGCGUUCAGCUUGCCAGGCUGCAGGGAGUGGUGUUACCAGUAGCGUUCAGCUUGCCAGGCUGCAGGGAGCGGUGUUACCAGUAGCGUUCAGCUUGCCAGGCUGCAGUGAGCAGUGUUACCAGUAGCGUUCAGCUUGCCAGGCUGCAGUGAGCAGUGUUACCAGUAGCGUUCAGCUUGCCAGGCUGCAGGGAGCAGCGUUACCAGUAGCGUUCAGCUUGCCAGGGUGCAGGGAGCAGGGUUUCCAGUAGCGUCCAGAUACCAGGGUGCAGGGAGCAGCGUCUGACGCAUACCAGUUAAGUGAGAAUGUUCAGAAAAUGGUUUUGAUAGCUCCAAUGGGAGGUGCACUAGGGCACUCCUAGCACCAUAAAUACAGAGCACACUUUAGUGGUUAUGGUGCUUGGACUGGUCCUUUAAAUGUAAAAUUGUCAUUUUAAAGUCCAAAUAGUUUAAUUGGAAACAUUUUUCUAACUAAGCUAUUAUAUGAUUAAGACACCCCUGGGGUCUUUAAGAGAAACCGCCGUUUAGUUAACCUUCCCCGUUCACAAUAUCAGUAACUCCGUUCGCAUAGACUGCAGUAUGUGAACCACCAUCAGGGGAAGCGGUAAUCUCCCCACCGGGAUCCGUGAAAGGCUUCAAACUCCCGAACAGAAAUCCACGAACCGCCGAACGAAGAUAUCCACCAAGCGGCUUUCGGUUCCAAUAAUCAGUCUCUAGGCAUCAAUAGUAAAUCCCCCCUAAUAACGAGACAGAAGCUCCGCAUUGAGGGUCAAACAGGAUCUGGCUUUACUGUGGGCUACCUGCCCGUAUUUAUGCAGGUCUCCCACUUGGUGGACACUCCCCUAGGGGACCAAAUGGGAGACUGUAAUGACAGAUAGACAUGGGGACAUUUCAGACAUACAGAUGUAAACUUUUCCCACAAUGCAAUAUGGUUUCCUCCCCUCUGCCCUGGAGAUAAUUGAGAAGUAAUUCAAUUAUCUCCAGGACAAAGACAAAUCGCCAUCUUAAAUAAAAUGCCAGAAAACAACAAAAAUAUAUAAUUCUACAACUACCGAACAUUUCACAUUCGUAUCACACAUUCCCAGAUGGCCUGGAUCUGAGGGCAUAUUAUUAGCGAAUAGCGCUCAGAUCCCACACCCAUAGUUCAAUCGCCAUAGAGUCAAAGUUCUUACAGUCUUUCGGUAUGCGAUUGACUCCAUGGGAAGGCUAUCUGGGUUAAGGCUUUUCGUGUGCUGUAAAACUCCCGAACGGCAUGUGUUCGCAUGCUUUCGUCGAUGGAGUGGGGCGACCCGUUGUUUCAGCGGUGUUCGGCACAAAAAGUGUCCGUUUUUAGUUCCACAAAAUCAGGGCCGAACACCGCUGGUCUUUCGUGUGUUUUAAAAUGGCCGCUGCCUCGUGGUCGACAUACGAACGACGGCCACCCUGAAUUCGGUUUAAUUGAGAAGUGUCUGCGGUUAACCACAACGUUCUAAUUGGGAUCAAGAGGUUAACCAGCAGCACACUUCUAUCCUGGGUGGCCAUCCGUUUGGUAGAUUUGUUCGGUAAAAAGAGUCAUUCGUAUGGCUGGGCUAUAGAAACAGCCAUUUACACGAAGGAGGGCAGAAAUAAACGAAUCCACCACAAUAGACAGACACAAUGAUCUGUCACAAUGAUAUACAAUUCUCAUACCUAUUCUCUAUCAUUCCCAGCACCGUAUUUAAUGCCAGUAUGGCGUAUUUAGGAGGAAGGAAGUAGGAUAAACAGAGCUGAGGGUUUAUGUGAGUGGCCGUGUUACACCGAGGUUGUGAUAACCUAUUCUUAGAUCCAGGAUUGGUUCCUUCUUACAGUUGUUACCCACAGCGUCUUGGAUCUCCCACUGCACUGGCUGACGCAGGAGUAACCCAAACUGGCGUUUCCAGAGGACUCUUCGUAAGGUGCUAGGAGUUCAAACGGGCAAAUUGUGCCAUGUAACCAAUGCCGGGGAGCAGCAUGGUGUCAUUUUACAGUCUUGUCAUCAGUUCUGUUCAGAGAAAGGGAGGCAUCGCCUUACAGGGUCCGCGUAAUACAGGAAACACAGCCUGCACCUGGUGUCUUGGAGUGAAAUUAUAGAGCACUCCGCAGACUGGCACAGCUUCUAACAUAGAGGGCAGGUGGCAUCCUUAAAUUUGGUUACAUUGUCCGGUCCUGGAUAGAAACAAAGGGUUAAAUAACUGAAGAGACUAAAUAACUGAUCUGAGUGUCUGUGUUCUUGUGAUGCCAUUAACUGCCCACCAUUUCUCCCACUUCAAUAACAUAACUGCAUGUGAUGUCAUCAGCUGCAUUAUUGAGAGGCUGUGUGGAUUGUGGGAGUUGCAGUUCAGCUGUCUGCCAAUAGCUGAACAACAAAUCCCAGAAAUGAUACUGGACAGAAUGGCUUAACCAGGACCCACUAGUAACUAGGGUCUAAUACUAUGACCAAUCAACCUUAAAACCACAUUAGUGAGAUUUCUAGAUCCCCCAAUAACAGAGCAGGGGUGUGGAGGGUAAUCAUACAUUUAAUAGACCUUGUUUGUGUAUAAUUUCUAUACAUUGCUGGAGGAAUGUCAGAUUGCUUUGUGUUGGGGACACUUGGCAAGUCUCCAUUCUGUUAGGCAGAUGGUACAAACUACAUCUCCCACGAUGCUUUGCAGCCAUUGAGAACCUAGAGUGGUGCAGGUAAUGAGAUUCAUUAUGUGAUCUCAGCUGUAAUAUCAGGUGACCGGCAGAAACGUGGCUACGUGGGCCAACCAUGCCUGAAUAAUUUACAUCCACAGCCGACUCCUGUGCUGGCAUUUGCAUGGAGAUUAGUUAACCUUCCAUGAGCCAUUAUUAACCCUUGUGUGUCCUGUCCCUUUAAAGGUUACUACAAUGCUUUCCGAAGCGCACAGAGAUUGCAUUUAAAGAUCUGGGGUUAAAAGCUGGAAAUCAACUAUUUUUACAAGUUUGGAGUUUAUUCUCCAAACGAUAACUUCUAGAAAGCUUUAUUGUGAUUUUUGGGCCAAAAUAAUUGUAGUGGAAAAGUUUCCAAGCCAGCUCUUUGUUCACGGUGGUUAUUGUGGACAAUGAUUCCUAGUGAUUUAGUGAUAUUUUAAUUUGGAACAUGGCGCAGCAUGUCUGACUCCCUCCAUUCUAAUACAGAGCACAUUUUAACCAUUGCUGGUUUAACCCCUCACAGUCCUCCUCAUUAGGAGCUAUCUUUGACAGCACUGCCCCCUGCCCAGGAGAUUAGUAUGGAGAUCCCAUGAAAAACAAGGGGAUUUCAGCUCUUAAUAACCCAAGCUGCCCUUAUAAGAACUUUCUAAUCCCUCAGCCGGAUUGUUAUUUAGAGCCCAGAUUACGCCAUCAGUCUGACCAACACGUGCAUGUUGUUCCAUGUCACCAUCACAGGUUCUAAGCAUUGUCACGUAUUGUGUCAUAUAGAUUGACACACAAAGCCAGGAGUGGGGAGAUCUGUGCUCAGUGACACAAAUAUAACGAUUGAAAUUUAUUUGGUGUGCUAGGUAGGUUAAAAAACACGUUUCUGGGCCGGUCAAAUAAAAUGUCAAUUUUCUGUUAUGGAAUUCAUCACAUCCUGUACAGCUGUAAUUAUGGGGGGGGAAAGGAAAUUCCUACAGGAAAGGUGGACUUAAACAAAUAACAAAAUAGUCUACUAUAACCAACUGUAAUCUAACCUACACAGUGCAUCUAACGUGUGUGGGAGCCCGGAGUGUCCCUUUAAUAAUAUAAACCCACCCAGUAUAACCAACUGUAUCCUAACCUACACAGUGCGUCUAACGUGUGUCAGAGCCUGUAGUGUCCCUUUAAUAAUAUAAACCCACCCAGUAUAACUAACUGUAACCUAACCUACACAGUGCACCUAACGUGUGAGGGAGCCUGGAGUGUCCCUUUAAUAAUAUAAACCCACCCAGUAUAACUAACUGUAACCUAACCUACACAGUGCAUCUAACGUGUGUGGGAGCCUGGAGUGUCCCUUUAAUAAUAUAAACCCACCCAGUAUAACUAACUGUAACCUAACCUACACAGUGCAUCUAACGUGUGUGAGAGCCUGGAGUGUCCCUUUAAUAAUAUAAACCCACCCAGUAUAACUAACUGUAACCUAACCUACACAGUGCAUCUAACGUGUGUGGGAGCCUGGAGUGUCCCUUUAAUAAUAUAAACCCACCCAGUAUAACUAACUGUAACCUAACCUACACAGUGCAUCUAACGUGUGUGGGAGCCUGGAGUGUCCCUUUAAUAAUAUAAACCCACCCAGUAUAACUAACUGUAACCUAACCUACACAGUGCACCUAACGUGUGUGGGAGCCUGGAGUGUCCCUUUAAUAAUAUAAACCCACCCAGUAUAACUAACUGUAACCUAACCUACACAGUGCAUCUAACGUGUGUGGGAGCCUGGAGUAUCCCUUUAAUAAUAUAAACCCACCCAGUAUAACUAACUGUAACCUAACCUACACAGUGCACCUAACGUGUGUGGGAGCCUGGAGUGUCCCUUUAAUAAUAUAAACCCACCCAGUAUAACUAACUGUAACCUAACCUACACAGUGCAUCUAAUGUGUGGGAGCCUGGAGUGUCCCUUUAAUAAUAUAAACCCACCCAGUAUAACUAACUGUAACCUAACCUACACAGUGCAUCUAACGUGUGUGGGAGCCUGGAGUGUCCCUUUAAUAAUAUAAACCCACCCAGUAUAACUUACUGUAACCUAACCUACACAGUGCACCUAAUGUGUGUGGGAGCCUGGAGUGUCCCUUUAAUAAAAUAAACCCACCCAGUAUAACUAACUGUAACCUAACAUACACAGUGCACCUAACGUGUGUGGGAGCCUGGAGUGUCCCUUUAAAGGACCACUCUAGGCACCCAGACCACUUCAGCUUAAUGAAGUGGUCUGGGUGCCUGGUCCAGCUAGGGUUAACCCAUUUUUUUAUAAACAUAGCAGUUUCAGAAAACUGCUAUGUUUAUAGAUAGAUUCUAUUUCCUCUAGUGGCUGUCUCAUUGACGGCCGUAAACGCUGGAAUGCUUCUCACUGUGAUUUUCUGGUGAGAGUACUCAGCAAUCCACAAGAGGCGUAUGAAUGCUUUCCUAUGUGACGAAUCGUAGCGCAGCUGUACCGCUGCGAUGCGCAUUCAGCCCGACGAAGGAGAAGAGGAGGAUGGAGGAGGAGAGCUCUCCGCCCAGUGCUGGAAAAAGGUAAGUUUUAACCCCUUUCCCCUUCGGGCAGGCGGGAGGGACCCUGAGGGGGGCACCCUCAGGGCACUAUAGUGGUCCUUUAAUAAUAUAUACCCACCCAGUAUAACUAACUGUAACCUAACCUACACAGUGCACCUAACGUGUGUGGGAGCCUGGAGUGUCCCUUUAAUAAUAUAAACCCACCCAGUAUAACUAACUGUAACCUAACCUACACAGUGCAUCUAACGUGUGUGGGAGCCUGGAGUGUCCCUUUAAUAAUAUAAACCCACCCAGUAUAACUAACUGUAACCUAACCUACACAGUGCAUCUAACGUGUGUGGGAGCCUGGAGUGUCCCUUUAAUAAUAUAAACCCACCCAGUAUAACUAACUGUAACCUAACCUACACAGUGCAUCUAACGUGUGUGGGAGCCUGGAGUGUCCCUUUAAUAAUAUAAACCCACCCAGUAUAACUAACUGUAACCUAACCUACACAGUGCACCUAACGUGUGUGGGAGCCUGGAGUGUCCCUUUAAUAAUAUAAACCCACCCAGUAUAACUAACUGUAACCUAACCUACACAGUGCAUCUAACGUGUGUGGAGCCUGGAGUGUCCCUUUAAUAAUAUAAACCCACCCAGUAUAACCAACUGUAACCUAACCUACACAGUGCACCUAACGUGUGUGGAGCCUGGAGUGUCCCUUUAAUAAUAUAAACCCACCCAGUAUAACUAACUGUAACCUAACCUACACAGUGCAUCUAACGUGUGUCAGAGCCUGGAGUGUCCCUUUAAUAAUAUAAACCCACCCAGUAUAACUAACUGUAACCUAACCUACACAGUGCACCUAACGGGUGUCAGAGCCUGGAGUGUAGCUUUAAUCCUUUGAUUGUUUUCCUUUGUAGUCUUGUAGAUUGCAAGUAAAGUGGUUCUAAAUUAGCUUCUAUUCGGUUCUGUCAAUCUCCAAAUUCAUUGUAAAAUGAUUCAAAUCAAUGGAAUCAGCAGCUGAGAUUAAGUUGGGGGGUAAUUUAGCAGACAAAUUAGCCAUCGUGUUAAGCAGCAAAGCUAAUAUGUCGGAUUAUCAUCAGGUUUGUAAAUCUCCUUAUUGGCAGAGUUAGCUCACAGAUUUCCUUUAGCGUACUGAAAAUUGUCCGUUACUGAGUCAAUUCACUACACUCUAAUGGGGUGCAGGACUGGACUCCCCCCAUUCUAAUCUCCCUGGAAAUAAGAAAAAUGGGAUGAAAGGGUGGUUGGAAUUUGCAGUCAGAUAAGCCUUUUUGGGGAGUCUAACUUGCAAUAGUGACUGAAGUUUAAAGAUAUCGAACACUAGGCUUUGCCUCCGGACUUAGACACAAUAACAAUUCUUUAUAUAAUGUGAAUAACAUAUUCCUCCAACUCUUCUCAUGUAACCCUAACACAAAUGAGAUGCUGUGUUAAACAUCACACUCCUAUAGAUACUCAUUUAUAAAACAACCACUUUAAAGAAGUCCGACUCGCUCCCAGAUUCUGUUACAGAUUGACAGCCAAAAUGCAAACCUAUAUUUUAGGGCAUUCGUGAUGCUGCCAGUAGGUGACGCAGAUAGCGUAGUAACACCGGGGAGGUCCGCCAUUGGUGACAGGCGGGGGCACAGUCACCUUUUGUUUUGAGCUAGCUAGACUCUGCAAAGCGCUGCACAUAAAAUCUCCAGGCACCAUAAUCACUUCAAACCACUGAACUGCGCAUGGUCUUGGAGUAAACCUUUAACUUGGUAUCUUUUCCACAAAUACACUUUUCUUCUUUUGCGUUUUUCUGUUUUGUUUUUUUUAUGUAUAUGUUCAUCUCUGCUGCUUCUGCGUAGCCCUUUUGUUAAUUGUGCAAAAACGGACUGCUUCCACUAGAUAUUAGCCGUAGCAGCAGUUGUGGGGAUUAAGUGCAAGGUUAUUUGUUUGUAGCGAUUGAGAAGGUAUUUGACCAAAUGUAGUAAAAGGAGAUGUAGCACUUGCUGUGUCUGAGCUGCGGAGAGGCUCUGCCGGACACUUUAUAAAUGCAUUUCUCUCUCUAUUUGAUCUUCUAGUUUUCUGGACGAAGUUAAUGUCGCGGGAAUCCAGAGCCGAGCGUCAGAAGGUUCGCUGGGGGCAGCGCGGUCCUCGGUCAGACGAUAAAGGACACAAGUCAUUGUGUCAUCCAACACUUCCUUGCUGGGAUCUGCUGUGUGUAGCGAGUUUGAACGUCCACUCCAUGUUAAUAACGCCCAUCUCACCCUAACUACCGUAUCGGCCAUCAGCUGAGAAAAUAUGGAAUCAACGCGCAAAUAUCGUUCUUCACAGCUUCAACUGGACCAACCCUUCUUUAGAAAAAACACUAUCACCUCCUCGUCUUUUGUGAAGGCAUUGUCUGUUUUGGCUUCUUUUUGUUGUUGUUUUUUGUUUUGUUUUUUUGAAAAGCUGUAGUUAUUGAAAAGAAAAGUAAUGUAUCUAUUACAUUUAAAGAAUUAUUGUAUAUCUGAAAUGUGCAGAUUUAUCAAACCGCUGCCCUCCGUGUCUGAUUUCAUGACGUUUAUUAAUCAAGGAGAGACUGUGAGGAAUUAAACCAUAGACAAAGGUAGCCGGUUCGGGGAAGGGGGGAGAUUGGGGAUUUAAUGAGUUUUCUAUAUAAUUCCAUUUUGAAAUGUAAUUCACUAUUUAGUGGAUAUAGAAUAAAAUCUGAUGAAUAUGAAAGAAGGCAAAAUGCACAAAAUAAGUUGACCUGCUUCUCCCAAAUCUACACCAUGUAACAGAAUGAACCGUUUGUUUGCUGGCCACCAAGUGGAUAAUAACAAUAUAUGAUUUCAGUAAAUAUAAAAUGUGGAUUAUACAAAUGGAUUAACGUAAAUAAAUGAUUUCAUUAAUGGCAUUUCUUGGAUUCCGGUAUGGAGUUAGCCAUCAAUGUGAGUUUUUGUAAAGCCAGUUAGUAGACUCAGUAGCUGUCUCAUAUAAUUGAUUUUCGCUGUGCGUUAACCUGG